CCCACAAAGGGCGCGCGCGGGGACUCCGCAGGUUGGCGCAAAACCCCCUGGUCUGCGGCGCGCGGGCAGCCCGUCUCAGCGUUCGGCUGCGAGCCCGAAUCCCUGAGGACCGGAAAGCCCGGGCGGGGGCAGAAGGGAUUCCCUUCGGGAACCUUGGGGAGACAAAUUGAUUCUUUUUCUGCUGCUUGCCUUCCAAUAUGAAGGAGGAUCAAGUUGUGCUGGAAGAACCAGGGUUCCAAGAUGAAGAGGAAUCCUUGUUUCAAGACAUUGACCUGUUACAAAAACAUGGAAUAAACGUGGCUGACAUUAAGAAACUGAAGUCAGUAGGAAUCUGUACCAUCAAAGGGAUACAGAUGACAACAAAAAGAGCCCUAUGCAAUGUCAAAGGACUUUCAGAAGCAAAAGUGGACAAGAUUAAAGAAGCAGCCAACAAACUUAUUGAACCAGGAUUCUUGACUGCAUUUGAGUAUAGUGAGAAGAGGAAGAUGGUUUUUCAUAUCACCACUGGGAGCCAGGAAUUUGAUAAAUUGCUGGGAGGUGGAAUUGAAAGCAUGGCAAUCACAGAGGCUUUUGGAGAAUUUCGUACUGGAAAAACCCAGCUUUCUCAUACUCUGUGUGUGACAGCUCAACUUCCCGGAGCAGGUGGCUACUCAGGAGGAAAGAUUAUCUUCAUUGAUACAGAAAAUACUUUCCGCCCUGAUCGCCUUCGGGACAUUGCUGAUCGCUUCAAUGUAGACCACGAUGCAGUACUGGACAAUGUACUUUAUGCACGUGCAUAUACUAGUGAACAUCAGAUGGAGCUACUUGAUUAUGUAGCUGCAAAGUUCCAUGAAGAAGCUGGCAUUUUCAAGCUAUUGAUUAUUGAUUCAAUAAUGGCACUUUUUCGAGUGGAUUUCAGUGGUCGUGGAGAAUUGGCUGAACGGCAGCAAAAAUUGGCCCAGAUGUUAUCAAGACUCCAAAAAAUCUCAGAAGAAUAUAAUGUGGCUGUUUUUGUGACCAAUCAAAUGACUGCUGAUCCAGGAGCAACUAUGACGACCAACUGAAGAUCUUGCAUUGCAUGUAGCUGUCAUCUUUCUUUAGUCUCCUAUAAUCAGACCAGAUCCUCAACCUUUGUUAGACUUUCGUGACAAUGACAUUUUGAAGAGCACAGGCUAAUUGUUUUUCAGAAUGGCACUCAAUUUGGAGUUGAUUUCUUUUUCCUCAUUAUUUAAAAUGUUAAACACUUUUGUCAGGAAAACUAUAUAAGCAGUAUCAUGGCCUUCUCCAUCAUAUGAAGAUGCACACGAUGGUUCUUUGUUCCUUAUUAGUGAUGUUAAGUUUGAUCGUGUGAUUAAGAUGGUAUUCACAAAGCUUUUCCAUAGUAAAAGAUAUUUUUCCUAUUUGUAAUUAAGUAAUUUGUGGGGUAAUACUUUGAGACUUGUAUAAAUAUUGUGUUCUACAAAAAGCUUUUGCCAAUUGAUUUUAGCAUCUAUUGAAGACUCCUGCUCAAAUCAAUUAUUACUCUGAGGGGUGCAAUACACAGUUUUAUUACUUUAAAACUGAGCCAAUACAUCAUUUAGUAGUGGGUAAAUGAGUUAUUGACAUAUAUAUUAGAAGAUACGAGAUAUGCUAGUGUAAGUUCUGUAAAUUGACUGAAAUGAAUAUAUCUCUUUUUAGGCAUUUUCUAAACUAACCCUCAAAGUAUUUUGCUGCAUCUUCUGCAGUUUGAUGUAUCUCUCAUUUUUCAGUACCCUUUUAUGAGUAUUUUCUACUUAACUAUAGGAUAUUCCAAUGUGAAAAAUAUCAACUACAUGAAUGGUAUUAAACAAGUUAAAAAGAUUGAGGUGGGGGAAAUUAAUCAUUUACUCAUUCAAUAAAUGUUUAUUGAAAAUUUGUGUAUCAAGAUUCUGGGAAUUCACUAGUGAACAAAAGUGAAUAUGUGCCUUGUCUUAACAAAAAAUAAAAUACAUGAUGUCUAUUUAACUCAAAAUCUUAAAGUCUUGGUAGGUCAUGCAUUGCCUGUAGUCCUUAAGCAAUUAAGGCUUGGUUUUAUAGGGCAUCUUUCAUACACAGGACAUGAAGUACUUUAC